GUGCUUUAAUAUGAUCAGCUAAUUUAUUUCAGCAUCAGUGUGAAAAACGUUUAUAUUUCUGCAUGAAUGGUGGUGCAAGUGUAAAUAAUAUUUGAGUUGAAGAAAAGUAACAGUUGUUCUUUUGUGUUUGUUGCUUGUGUGCAGGAGGAGAGAUGUGCGCUUUCACUCGUUCAUUUCGUCCAUCAGUCAGCACUUUUUAUUUAACGCGUUCCUUGUGCUAAUUAUUGUCAUCAACGCAGUCGUCAUCGCCCUGGAGGAGGACUACAGUAACGCAGGGCUGUUUCGGGUCAGUACACUGUAAAAUUAGAGUUAGUCUGAUUUCACAAUUUCAUAUAAGAGAGAGAGAGAGAGAGAGAAAGAGAGAGAGAGAGGAAGAGAGAGACAGACUGAGAGAGAGAGUUCAUCAGAGACUCGUCUGAGGUGUGAUUAAUGUAGUUAAUCCGUCCUGCAGGUGGCUGAGGGGGUUUUUCUGAUCCUCUAUGUGUUGGAGUUCUGUGUGAAGUUCUAUGUUGAGCCACGUGGAUUUUGGAGAAGUGGCCUUAAUGUCUUCAGCUCUGCGUUGCUGCUGCUGUCUCUGGUGGCAGUGUUCGCUGAGGGAGCCAUUUCAUUCUUCUCCCAGCAGAACUUCAGGCCUUUCCGCGCCCUCCGGGUCCUGAAGACCAUCUCCUUCUUCCCCUCACUUCAGGUAAGGUGUUAAUUAAGUGUUAUUCUCUUAAAUAGAUUAUUAGGUCAUUUUUCAUGUAGCCCAUUGAUAUCCAGUGUGUACUUUUAACAGUGAUAAUAUUUAGAAUAAUUAGUUUCAGGUUUACCGUAUCAACUCUUUCUGUGUAAAACAAGUAUGAAGGUUCUGCAAGAUUAGGAAAAUAUUUAAGAACCAGUUUAUUCAAGAAUAGCACCUGUUCUUAGAAUUGUUCUAAAGUGAAAACCUAUGAAAGAAAAUUCUAAAGAUGCCUUUAAAUAAAAAUUUAGCUCACGUGUGAUGUUUAAAUAUGAACAUAUGAGAAGAUUUUGUUUUUAUAACUGUUUUCGUCUGUUUCGUGCUAUUUUGCAGGCUCUGGUUGUGAUGCUGGCUAAAGCCAUGAAGAGAGCUGUGUAUGUGAUGAGUUUGGUGUUCUUCAUCAUGUUCAUCUUUGCUGUUGCUGGAGUUCUCUAUUUCGGAGAGCAGGCUUCAGGGGACCUCGAGCACUGGGGGGAUUUGGGGUCCGCUCUGCUCACCAUCUUUGGCUUAGUAACACUGGACGGCUGGGUGGACCUGUUGAAGAAAGUAGAUAGUUCAGGAGUGACCUACAGUCGGCUCUUCCCCGUCGUCUUCAUACUGAUAGGCCACUUCAUCUUCUUCAACAUGUUCGUGGGUUUGGUCAUCAUGGAGGUUGAGCGCAUGACUAAAGCCCGUGAGGAGGGGUCUCUGCAGGAGCGGGAGGCAGCGCGGAAAAGAAAGAAGGAGAAAAAAACAAUGAAGCAGCUGAUUGGGAGUCAGGUGUCUAAACUGAAGAAAUGGUCCGAUACCAACGUAAAGACUGAUAAGAAUUUCCCCCAAAUCAUCCAGCAGCUCAGAAUGUCUCUCUCUGACUCGGACCACGUUGUAACGAAGGAUAGGAGCAGCAGCUUGACAUUCAUACAGAUAUAUCUGACCACGCUGCGACACCAGGAUGCCACCCUGGACAAGUUGCAGCAGAUCUAUGAUGAAAUGCUGGAGGUCCUCAGUGAGCUGCUGGAGCUGCAACAGGAAGAGCAGAGAGAGGAAGAAGAGCACGAAAGAGAUACACAAUAAUCUGCAACAUCGUGCUACAGUAUUUCACCACUGAUAACAUCCACUGAUAACAGGCCAGUUUACAAACCCAGUUCCAAAAAUGUUGGGACAGUAAAUAAAAUACAAAUAAAAACAGAGAGCAGUGAUUUGUAAAUUCACUUUGACCUGUAUUUAAACAGUAACAGCACAAAGACAAGAUAUUUCGCAUUUUAGCUUAUCAACUUAACCGUCUGCCAAAAACCUCAACUGAAUACCUGUGACCUUUGACCUCUCAGACGACACUGCAUUAAAAAUCCUCAUGCUUCUGUGAUGGAUAUCAACACAUGGCCUCAGGAAUACUUUGACAAAUCGUUGUCAUAAACACUGUUUGUCACUGCAUCUGCUAAUGUAAGUUAAGACUGUAUGAUGCACAGUGGAAUCCACAUGUCAACAACGUCCAGAAAUGUCCAGUAGCUUCUCUGGACUCGAGCUCACAAUAUUUAUACAUCUGUAACUGAAGAAAGACAAGAAUCCACUUUUAAAACUGGAUCAUUUUGUGUCUUCAGUCUCCGAAUGUUUAAGUGCUGUUUAAAGGAAAGUAUGUAACACAGUAGUAAACAUGCUCUAUUUUGGAAAAAAAGAUGCAGGUAUCAUAUUUGAAAUGAGUGCAUAUUUACAAAAAAAACAAUUAAGUAGAACAUCAAAUGUGAUGUUUUUGUGGUGUUUUUAAUUUAAUACAGGUCAAACAGAAUUUAUUCAUUCCUGCUUUCUGUUUCUAUUGGCAUUCCACAUACAAUCCCAUUUUUUUGGAACUGGAUUUGUUUAUUAAAAUAUCAUUAAAACAGCACAUGCAGUAAACUCUGACUGAGUUGUGCAUUCAUUUUAUUUGGGUUCAAAUAACAGAAAGCUUCUACCUAUGGAAAUAAAAGACAUAUCCCUCACUCCCCAGUCCUUACAGUCCAUAUAUAGAAACUAAGCUGCAAAAACAGCCUGUUUUAAAUUCACUGUUUUUGUGAUUACAUAAAAACCAACACAUUUACUAAAGUAAUUCUCUUAAUAAAUAUUCUUUUCCCAUGUGAUUGGGUAGGCCUGUGAUCAGUAUGUGUAGGCUCAGGAUAUAAGAGGCCAGUAUGUGGCUACACUCCAGAGUAGACCACCGUGGAAAACACAGCUGUUUCCAUGUUAAAUCUCAUGAGUGUAAAUAUGAAUGUGAAAAAAUCCUUCUGAAACUACCACGAUCUGGAUCUUGAUGUCCACAUAGCCACCCAUGGUGAUAUUAUUUUAUGCAUAAGUAAGUGAGGAAGUAAGCAAAAAUCCAAAUAUAUUUUAGAUAUUUAGUUUUAUUUCCAAUAAUAGUUUUACAGUAAAUUCAUACAUGUAAUGCUGCUGUGGAAAGAGGUCCUAUUUGAACAUUUUGAAACAUUUUAUUAAUAUUUUAGAUGAAAUUCCAGUGUCUCUGCAGACAGUUAAAAUGGCUGUGUUCCUUAAAAAUGAUGAAAUGACUCAGAAAGUGAAUUAAAACUGUCAGAAAUUUCUUUAUUACACAGUUCGGUGUGACGGAAUUCAUGGCUGGCAACUAAAAGUAAAACUGUACAACUAAAACCAUAAAAAAACCUAAAUCAUAUCACCCACCCUCUGCAUACACACCUCACCUCAUCCUGGCAAGCUUAAAUCUCACUAUAGCAAAGAUGUAAAAGUUGGAGAAUGCAGACAGCUGAUCAGUGGUGUUCACAGACUUUGGUGAGGGCGGGGGCUGAGGGGUUUUUCAGUUUUUGAAAAUAGCAUUAUAGACAAAGUGAGUCUAAUAUUGUGGUAUAUAGUGGAGCAGCUAUGUUUUAAAAAUACAAUAGUAAUGAAAACAAAAGGAUGCGCACACAAAUCAAUAAAACAAACAAUAUAUAAAUAUUUUAAUGAAUAACAGUAUAAAUACUUUCAUAUGAGUUACAUAUUUUUAUGCUUUCAUGUUGUUUAGUGAUUUUAUAUCUACAUUAUUUUUGUACAUACAGUCACUUCAUGGAAUUAAUAGAGGCCUCGGUUUUAUGCUGUACUUUGAUUAAUAACAGUUUCUGAUGCAAAGACUAGAAAUGUUUUGACAUAUGAAUUAUACAUUCCGUAAAACUUUGUCGUGAGGCCUCUUACUCCAUGUAAGGGGGUGUCGUAUUGCACUGAGAGUGGGACAAAAUGCCCCUUUUAAAGACUUAUUUUCUACUGUAAAAACAAAACUGACAGAUUUUCCAGAUUAUUUUCUUCAACUGUGUGUAGGUUUAUACCUCAUCAUCCUGAACAUACUAAACUCACAGAUAUAAUUUAGCUUUACACUAAAUGGACAUUGUUUCCACUGUUACCUACAUUUUUACUGAUUUAUUGUAUUACCUGUAUUGUGUCGUACCUUCUUAUUAUACACUUAGAUGUUUAAGCUUUGAGUGUUUACUUUGAGUUCCUAUAUCUGUACAUGUCUGUGUUUGUACAUAAAUCUAUAUAAAAUUACUGUGAGAGAGUGGAUAUAUAUUAAUAAAAGUCCUGU